AUCCAAAUGGGUUUUUUAAUGGGUGCUGCAGUAGGUACCUCAUUGGGUGCAAUCUAUAUGUCACUUAUGUUAUUACCAAGAGGUGUUAGAGGUAGAGAAUUUUUUUCAUUAAUGGGCAAAGCCUCACUUAAAAUGGCUCUUACUUUUGGUAGUUUCAUGUCUAUUGGUGGUGCUCUCAGAUGUGAAGAA